GACUUGAAGUUGCCAGUGGUAACCGUUAUACUCAAAAGGCUCCAUGUAAUUACACAAUUACAAUGGUAGCUUUUGAUUCAAAGUUAGUGGAUAAUAAGAGAACAUCGGUUAUUAUCGUUCGUAAUAAUUCUUCGCGUUUUGUACUAUGUAACUUGAUACCAGGAGUGAUAGAACAACAACUUUUGAAUCAUUCUGUUCUCCUUGGUGAAACUGUUACCAUUUAUGUUGAAGGAAACAAUAAAAUACAUUUGACUGGUAAUUACGUUCAAUUCCUUCAAAUACCCUACGAAAAUGUUCCAGUGCCAAUAACAGUAAAUAAAGGCAAAUUAUCAAAGCCAGCAUCAUCACCAGCGUCACCAUCACUUACAACAUCAAAAUUUAAUGAGCCCGCUAAUCAAUCUAAUUGCUUAAAUGAUUUACCUGAAGUUGAACAAAUUCCAAAGGCACCACCACUUGCAAAAGAGAAAGUUAAUGGUGAAACUAAUGACAAGAAUAGAAUGAAAAAACGAAAGACUAAUAAUGAGGAUAUUGUUAUUAUUGAAAUUGAAAAUGAUGGUGAUGUUAAAAUGAAAAAUAACCCUGAUCAAUAUGAAAUGAUCGAAGAUUCCGACUCUUCAGAUUCAGAUUAUUUGUGUGAUAGUUCAGAUGAUGACCCAAGCGAUAAUUCAGAUGAUGAACUAGGUGUUGAAACAAGCGAUCAUUCAAAUGAUGAUGACGGCAAAGUCAAAAGUUCAAAUAAUUUGGAUGAAAAAGACAAAAAUGAUGAUAAUAUGGUAGUGAAAAUUGGUAAAAAGUCAAACUUACAAGCUGACAUAACGAAUAUAAGUCAAAACUUAAAUCAAAAGGAAAUUCAG